AUGGCGGCGUGUAACCUGUGCAUGUGUGACUCUGAACUGUCAGAAGCAGACUGGUACUGGGGAAACAUCUCCAGGGAGGAGGUGAACGAAAUAAUGCGAAACACUCCUGAUGGAACAUUCCUCGUUCGAGACGCUUCAAGUGGAGUUCAGGGGGAAUAUACUCUCACUCUGAGGAAAGACGGCACCAACAGACUGAUCAAGAUCUUUCACCGUGAGGGAAAGUGCGGUUUCUCCGAGCCGUUGGCGUUCUCCUCGGUCAUGGACCUGAUCCACUACUACCACCACAAGUCCCUGGCCCAGUACAACUCCAAACUGGACACUCGGCUGCUCUACCCCGUGUCCAGAUACCAGCAGGUUCUGAUGGAAGUGGACAUAAAUGAAGUUGGAGAACAGCUGCGGAUGUUUCAGGAUCGAUACCAACAGAAGAGCAAAGAGUACGACAAUCUGCUCAAGGAGUUCAACCAGACAUCUCAGGAGCUGCAGAGUAAGAGGACGGCCAUCGAGGCGUUCAGUGAAAUCAUUCGGAUCUUUGAGGAGGAGUGCGAGACCCACGAGCGCUACAGCAAAGAGUACAUCGACAUGUUCCUGUCCCUGAGCAGCUCGGAGCGGCUCCAGAGUGACUCCGAGGGCCUCCAGCUGAAGGUGGAGGAGAUCCACAGCAGUAAGAAGAGACUGGAGGACGAGCUCCAGACCAAGGCUCAGGCGUAUUCAGAGGUCGACCAGAAAAUGAACAGCCUCAAACCGGACCUGGUCCAGCUCAGGAAAAUCAGGGAUCAGUACCUGCUGUGGCUGACGCAACAAGGCACCAAGCAAAGUCAGAUCAACGAGUGGCUCGGGAUCCAGAACGACGAAGAGGAGUAAUACUUUACCGCGUCUUUACCGCAUCCCCCAGAGAGCAGCUGGUACGUGGGCACCAUGAGGAGGAAGGAGGCCGAGGAGCUGCUGAGGGGAAAACCGGACGGAACCUUCCUCAUCCGGGACAGCCAGAGCCACAAGGGAUCCUACGCCUGCUCCGUGGUAGCGGACGGAGCCGUGAAGCACUGUGUGAUCUACAGGACGUCCAGCGGCUUCGGCUUCGCUGAGCCCUUCAACAUGUUCCCCUCCCUCAGAGAGCUGGUCCUCCACUACCGCCACACCUCCCUCGUCCAGCACAACCAGCAGCUGAAUGUGACCCUCACCUGGCCCGCCCUCAGCCCGCACACCCAGGACCAGAGCUAA